AUGACAAAGGAAAUCCUGCCGCUCGUGACCGCGUGGAUCUGCCUCGUGGGCGUGACGCUGAGUGACGCGGAGUCCGCGCUGCUCUACCGCGCCCUGCAGGAGAGCACCCGGCCGCUGCACCGCUUCUUCCUGGAGACCACCGGCUUCUCCUUGCUGGACUGCAGCUCGCGCUGCCUGACGUUCACCGACGUGGCGCCGCGGGGCUUGGCCCCCGGCGAGCGCCGCACCUGGUUCAUCCUGCAGCGCUUCGUGGAGGGCUUCUUCCUGCACCCCACCGGGCUGGAGCUCCUGAUGGAUCACCGGAGCACGGACCCGCGGGACUGGGCGGUGGAGCAGGUCUGGUACAACGGGAAGUUCUACCGCAGCCCCGAAGAACUGGCCCGCCAGUACCACGCGGGGCAGGUGGACGCCGUGGUCCUGGAGGACGUGAGCCAGGGGGAGGGGGCCCCGGAGGGGGCCCCCGAGGGGCCGCCCCUGUUCUCCUCCUACCAGGUGCGCGGAGAUUUCGCCAGCCCCAUGCCCAUGGCGGGCCCCCGCCUGGUGCAGCCCCAGGGCCCGCGCUACCGCCUGGAGGGCAACGUGGUGCUCUACGGGCACUGGAGCUUCGCCUUCAGGCUGCGCUCCUCCUCGGGGCUGCAGAUCCUGAACGUGCGCUUCGGCGGCGAGCGCGUGGCCUACGAGGUCAGCGUGCAGGAGGCCGCCGCGCUGUACGGAGGGCACACGCCCGCCGGCAUGCAGACCAAGUACAUCGACGUGGGCUGGGGCCUGGGCAGCGUCACCCACGAGCUGGCCCCCGGCAUCGACUGCCCGGACACCGCCACCUUCCUGGACGCCCUCCACCACUACGACUCGGACGGCCCCGUGCGCUACCCGCGAGCCCUGUGCAUCUUCGAGAUGCCCACCGGGGUGCCCCUCCGGCGGCACUUCAACUCCAACUUCAGCGGGGGCUUCAACUUCUACGCGGGGCUCCCGGGCCAGGUGCUGGUGCUGCGCACCACCUCCACCGUCUACAACUACGACUACAUCUGGGACUUCCUCUUCUACCCCAGCGGCGUGCUGGAGGCCAAGAUGCACGCCACCGGCUACGUGCACGCCACCUUCUACACCCCCGAGGGGCUGCGCCACGGCACCCGCCUGCACACGCACCUCCUUGGCAACAUGCACACCCACCUAGUGCAUUACCGCGUGGACCUUGACGUGGCAGGCCCCAAGAACAGCUUCCAGACCCUGCAGAUGAAGCUAGAGAACAUCACCAACCCCUGGAGCCCCAAACACCGCCUGGUGCAGCCCACUCUGGAGCACAGGAGCUACGCCCGGGAGCGCCAGGCCACCUUCCGCUUCCGGAAGCCCCUGCCCAAGUACCUGCUCUUCACUAGCCGCCAGAAGAACCGCUGGGGCCACCAGCGCAGCUACCGGCUGCAGAUCCACUCCAUGGCCGAUCAGGUGCUGCCUCCGGGCUGCCAGGAGGAGCGAGCCGUCACCUGGGCCAGGUACCCCCUGGCCGUGACCAAGUACCGGGAGUCCGAGCUGAGAAGCAGCAGCAUCUACAACCAGAACGACCCCUGGGACCCCCCUGUGGUCUUCGAGGACUUUCUUCGCAACAACGAGAACAUUGAAGAUGAGGACCUGGUGGCCUGGGUGACCCUGGGCUUCCUGCACAUCCCCCACUCCGAGGACAUCCCCAACACGGCCACCCCGGGGAACGCCGUGGGCUUCCUGCUCCGGCCCUUCAAUUUCUUCCCCGAGGACCCGUCGGUGGCGUCCAGAGACACCGUGGUCGUGUGGCCCCAUGAGCACAGCCCCAACUUCAUCCAGAGCUGGGUGUCCCAGGACAAGGACUGCCUGGGGCCCCCACCCUUCAGUUACAACGGGACCUACAGGCCUGUGUGAAGGGCCCACCACCCC